CCGGACUCCGAAGGCGAAUGCGGUACGGAAAAAAACAAGGAUUGCUAGAGAGACAAGACGUUACACUUCACCUCGAGAACAUUAGUCCUUUAUUUUGGAACAUCAUUACGAAACCCUCUUGGGUUGCAUGAUUGCUCCAACUGGCUAAAGAUCUCCAGUAAAAACAAUAGGAUGCAGUGUAGUCUUGGCUGGUGACUGUCUGCAGGGUCUCAUCUUCUUCCUGGAGUCUGUGUGUUCGGGGGCACCUGCGUAAGCGGCAGAGCCUCCCCCAGCGAGCCAGAGUGUUUUGACCCUGCGCGUACCUGAACCUGGUGACCUGACCGCGGCGGUAGUCACACGUGUCGGUCAGCGCUCGUCCACCUCGGAUUGGCACCGCUCACUUCCUACCCGGGGAGACCGCUGCCACUGCAGGCCACCGCCCUCUCUGCCUGACCCCCUGACCCGCCCCCAUCCCCUCAUCCCCGGCUCUGCCCGUACCGCCCUGUCACCAUGGUGCUGUCACAACGGCAACGAGACGAACUAAAUCGAGCGAUAGCCGAUUACCUGCGUUCCAACGGAUAUGAAGAGGCCUAUUCAGUUUUCAAGAAGGAGGCGGAAAUAGACAUGAAUGAAGAAUUGGAUAAGAAGUAUGCCGGCCUUUUGGAAAAGAAAUGGACCUCAGUCAUCAGAUUACAAAAGAAGGUCAUGGAGCUGGAGUCGAAGCUGAACGAGGCGAAGGAGGAGAUCACCCUGGGGGGGCCCGUCACUCAGAAGCGGGACCCCAAAGAGUGGAUCCCACGCCCGCCUGAGAAAUAUGCGCUGAGCGGCCACCGCAGCCCGGUCACCCGCGUCAUCUUCCACCCCGUGUUCAGCGUCAUGGUCUCAGCCUCCGAGGACGCCACCAUCAAGGUGUGGGACUACGAGACGGGAGACUUUGAGCGCACGCUGAAGGGCCACACAGACUCUGUGCAGGACAUCUCCUUUGACCAGACUGGCAAGCUGCUGGCCUCCUGCUCCGCAGAUAUGACCAUCAAGCUGUGGGACUUCCAAGGCUUUGAGUGCAUCAGAACCAUGCAUGGACAUGACCAUAAUGUUUCAUCUGUAGCCAUUAUGCCCAACGGAGAUCACAUAGUGUCAGCAUCGAGGGACAAAACCAUCAAAAUGUGGGAGGUGGCCACUGGCUACUGCGUGAAGACCUUCACAGGCCACAGGGAGUGGGUGCGCAUGGUGCGGCCCAACCAGGACGGCACCCUGAUCGCCAGCUGCUCCAACGACCAGACGGUGCGCGUUUGGGUGGUGGCCUCCAAGGAGUGCAAGGCGGAGCUGCGGGAGCACGAGCACGUGGUGGAGUGCAUCUCCUGGGCCCCGGAGAGCGCCCACCCCACCAUCCUGGAGGCCACUGGGUCAGAGACUAAGAAGAGUGGCAAGCCUGGGCCCUUCCUGCUAUCUGGCUCUAGAGACAAGACCAUCAAGAUGUGGGACGUCAGCAUCGGCAUGUGCCUUAUGACACUGGUUGGUCAUGACAACUGGGUGCGUGGGAUGCUGGUCCACCCCGGAGGCAAGUUCAUCGUGAGCUGUGCUGACGACAAAACCUUAAGGAUCUGGGACUACAAGAACAAGCGCUGCAUGAAGACUCUGAGUGCCCAUGAACACUUUGUUACCUCUCUGGAUUUCCACAAGGCUGCUCCGUAUGUUGUAACCGGAAGUGUAGAUCAAACAGUAAAAGUUUGGGAGUGCCGCUGAUUGGACCUUAGAAGAUUGGAACACCAUCCCAACCCCCCUGUCGCUCUAGCCGAUACCACCCAGCCCUCUCCUCAUUCCACCCCAACCACAUCCCAUCAACCAUUUCCGGCUCCUUUGACUGCACUCAAACCAUGGUUAUUACCCAUCGCCCUCUGGUCCAAUAACUAUUGUCCUUUUAUGUAAAUUAUUCUGGAUGUAGAUUGAGCUAUUAAAUGUUACACAAAAAAAGUAUUCUUGCAUGGUGAAUCCAAAAUUGUAUACUGUAAAUUUACAUAACGUUGUCUAGAAGUACCAUAGGUUUAACAUGAGGCUGACCGUCUGUCAACGCAGCCUUACCUAUUGAAGGCAGAUGUUUUUUGACUGAGUGUUUAAAAAAAAAAAAAAAAAGAGGAAAAAAAAAGAAAAAUAGUAGGGCACUAAAAACUGGUAAUUUAAAAAUGACAGUGUCGUUCUUUGUGUCAGAUUUAUUUUUGUCAAUUUUUUUUUAUUUAGGAUUUUGUUUGUUUGUUUGUUUUUCUCUUAUUUCUCUCCUUUCACUGUCGUAGUCUGUCGGUGCCUAGCUUGGUAACCUUUUGAGGGGAAACGACGACAAAAGGAAAAGUGUAAUCCCUUAAUGGAGAUAUGAUUGUCUGUGGGGCUUUGUUAUUGGAAUAAUCUGUAGCUUUGUAACAUCACUUCUGAAGUGUAAUUACCAUUUCUCUUCAUGUGGAACUAGAUAAUAUAUUAAUGGCUGCAUAUACAAAUGUUUCAAACUGUUGUCUAUGGACCUCUGGGGUGAAAAAGCUUUGUACCCUUGUCAUGGCGAUGCGUCCUAACUGAGAAGCUAACUACUCUGAUAGACUUAAAAUGGAAUAUCCUCCUAAAUUAAUUAUGCUUCGGGUUCAAGAAUAAAUUGAUGAUAUUUCUGGCUUUCUGAAUAGCCUAGCUAAUGUACAGUUGGGAUCGACUUUUCACGAUUCAGGUUAACGGUCACCUUAACGGUCGGCAUAAAGUCAGAUAAUGCAACCUGAAACGCUGCCCCCUAUCUGUUUAGCCUGGUAUUAAGCGUCACUGCAGCCGCUGGUGAGCAAUCAGCCUUUCACUAGCAACUGGUCCUGUACAGACAUCAGGGUUACACCUCUUUUAAUCUUUAGGACCUAAGGUGUCUCCCACAGUAAGAUGUCUAGCUGUGACGUCUCAAGUCUUACUCAUUUAAAUUUGACUUAACCCUGUCUCUGUCCUUUUAUGGAUCAGUUCUCAACAGGGUUUUACAGUCUAUUAAAUCAUGCAAGCAAUUAGACGCUCAGUUGUCUAGAAUGCUGAGUCUCUAGGUUGUAUGUUAGAGAGGUCGAGCUUUAGCCUUUGAUAAGUUAGGUGAAUUCUGAGGUGAAUUCUGAGUGACUAUCUCAGAUGUCAAAGCCUGACAAGGAGUCAAAGUUGCCCUGUUGGUUUAUUUGGGGAUGUGCAAAGAUGUCUCCUGGGGAGGGGGGAAAGAGUUUUGCAUUCUUAGGGAGGACAAACAUGAAAUUAAGAAAUAUGGUUUUUGCUUUUUAUGUGGCGGGGAAAAAGAUGAAAUGUUAACCAAGCAUGUUACUGAGGGAAGCGCCAAAUCUGUGUUUUGACCAAACUGGUGAACUGUAGGGAGAUUAAUCAAAAGUGAAGAAAUGCCAUCAGCUGACAUGCUAGCAUGUUUGUGCAUUUUUUUGAGGCGGUCCGGUUUAGGUGAUUUAAGAAAUCUUUAUCCCUAAGGUGCUGUGCAGUUCCCUCAUCACAGCUUGACCUUGUUCUUAGUCUAGGGCUAGACUAGGCUGAGCACAGGAGAAUGCUCAAUGCUUUAGCAGAAUGGAUCUCUGGGCAAAGUCUGACGACUUACUGAAACAUUUACAGAAUAUCUCCUGAGUGGCACCUCAUUCUCCUAUUCUGUUCAUAUUCUGAAAUUGGAUGCUACAUGUACAAAAGAGGAAACCAGAGACGAUUCCAAUUCCUAUCAACAAUGGAGACCAACCAUUCCAUCCCCCUUAAAAAAAAAAAAUUAUAAUAAAAAAAGACAAAAAAGAAAAGAAAGAAAAAAAAAUAAUCUUGCUUCAUAUUCUAACUGCAGCAGGUGAAAAAAAUGUAAGUAACUUGUAACUUGCACAUCCCUGCUUGAAUUUGAUCUUUGGUCUUGUCCAAAGAUCAAAGAUGUACGAAAAAUUUAAACAUAUUAAUAAAUGCAUAAAUGGAUAUCAUUUUUAAUUAGCCUUUUCAUUACAAUGCAAUUCUAUGAUAAUAAAAAAGAAUCCACAGCUUAACCAAUCUUAUCUAGCUUCUUUGCAAAGUUUUCCUGUUCCUGUGUGUUUUGGAUGUAGCUACCUGCUGCUGAACCUCUGAUAGUGGCUUGUGUGAGCCCUGUGACCUGUCUACAAUAGCACUGCUGCUUGUAAACCUGUACCAGAGGCUGAACUGUCUGGUGGGGCUUGCUGGUGGAGGCUAGUGUCUUAGCGUUGCUUAAUGUGAGACUGAGCUCAACUGUAGGACACCACAGUGGGGUGUCAGAGGAGAAUUUCUAAUCAAUCCAAUAUCACAAAUUGUACUGUUGGAGAGAAACUCUUAUCUCUCAGCAGUAAGUCGGUGUCCCUGUGUAUGUGUACUGUGUAUUUUGCGUAUUGACGUAUCAAAGACACCGGAUGGACUCCUUACCAGACACAGGUCGGCUGGCAUUCAGACUGCAGACAGCUCUAUGUGGUUGUAGAAAGAUUGUUUGUGUCUGUUGCUGUAUGAUGGAGGACAGAUCUAUCUGACCUUCCUACCACACUAUGUGCGAAGGGAUUGCGGCAGACUAGAUCUUUUCCAAAGGAGACCCCCCCCCCCCCCCUUUAGAGAAAACCACGUAUGCCUCCUCUAGUGCCCCAUGCUUUAGUCAGACAGACAUGUUUAUAACUACAAGCUGCUUUCACUUUGUCUCAGAGAGAUAUUGGGUAGAGAGUUGGCCUUCAUUCAGUUGUUACAUACUCUGGCCUUCUAUAGUACAACUGGACAUGGUCAUGGAAAUGUUCCAUGCUGUUAAACAUGUUUUAGCUAAAGCCAAAUAAAAUGGAGUGGUCUUAGUACAAUCUGGUUUAGCACAUGAUGUCAGACUUCCUGGUCUGUGUUCGCUCUUUGGUGUCCAGGUAUUUUUUUCUGGACUAAGCCAACCGUCAUUUACAAAGCCGCUCAUUCCUUGCGAUUUGCUGACUUUAGAUCGGUUUCGAAGUCCUGUUCAAAUUCUGAGCCUGAAAUGGAGAUUAGUCCUGACUUUUUGAAUAAACUCGGCUUUGCCUUUCUUGAUUAGACAAGGAAGGAUGUAAGAUGUGUGCAUCUCUCCUUUUAAAUAGUUCUCAUUGAAUGAAUGCUCACAAAACAACCCUUAGUGUUUUGCCCUGUGAAAGAAAUCACUUUUGCCAUUCGCAGGUCCCAAGCAAUCCCUAUGCUGCAUUGGCUUGGUGGUUGAGUGGACUGACAGACAAGUGCUGUGCUGCACUGUCUAAGUCCUUCCUGCCAGCCUCAACCCCAUACGUCUGCUAUAACCUUGUUAAUAGAUUGAGGGCUUCAGUCUUAACGGCUUGAACGGGAUUUUUUGUUUUUCGCUUUUAUGGUCUCACUCUUCACACACUGCAAAUUGUUAACAAUAUACUGGAUGUCAUUAUUGUUUGCAACAUAAUAAAAGAAAAAAAAUCUGUAAGGA